CCCGCCGCAGCCGCCGCCGCCGCCGCCGGGCAGCGAUGAGCGCCAGCCCCUGCCCGCCCAUGGCCGCCUACUGCACCGACGGCUUCGCCUACCCCGGGCCGCCGCCGCCGCCGCCGCUGCCCGUGGGCGCGGGCCGGGCGCUGGGCGACUACGCGGCGCCCGCCAGCCCCGGCUACCUGUGGGGCGUGGGCGCCGGGCCCUACGUGCAGGGCGCGCUGCCGCCCGCCGCCGUGCCGGGGCCGGGGCCGGGGCCGGGGCCGGGCGCCGAGCUGGGCUGGCUGGGGCUGGCCGGGCAGGAGGAGCUGCUGCGCCUGGUGCGGCCGCCCUACUCCUACUCGGCGCUCAUCGCCAUGGCCAUCCAGAGCGCGCCCGGCCGCCGGCUCACGCUCAGCCGCAUCUACCAGUACGUGACCGAGAACUUCCCCUUCUACAAGCGCAGCAAGGCGGGCUGGCAGAACAGCAUCCGCCACAACCUCUCCCUCAACGACUGCUUCCGCAAGGUGCCCCGCGACGAGGACGACCCGGGGAAGGGAAACUACUGGACUUUAGACCCAAACUGCGAGAAGAUGUUUGACAAUGGGAAUUUCCGUCGCAAGCGGAAGCGGCGCUCUGAGCCCAACGCUGCUGCAGUGACCUCCACCGCCCCGUCUUUGGCGGGGGUGAAGGCUGAGGAAGAGCCUUCUCUCAUAGCUGCUGCAGGCAAGCUCUGCGGAAACAGCCCGUCCCCAGAGCUGGAGCCAUCGCCUCCUGCCAGGGACCAUCCAAAAAGCUCCUCAUCCCCUGGCAUCAUCUCAUCCACCCCGAGUUGCCUCAGCAGCUUCUUCAGUGGCAUGAGCUCACUGAGUGGCGGAGGAAAUCGUCUCAUGGGAAGCCUGGGCAGUGAGCUGCAUCACAGGAACUUCUCUGCCGGACAGCUGAGCAGCGGCUCCUUCCCAGGCUCCGGGCAUGCCUCCCAGGAGGUGCCUCCGGCAGAACAGCUGCAGCGUGGUCCAGGGCCCUCUGCGGCCUACUACAGUUCCUUCCAUCCGGGCAGCAGCAGCCAGGGCACCCAGUACAACCAUUACUACAACUUCACAGUUAACAGCCUCAUCUACACCCGGGACGGAACAGAGGUGUAGGACGCUGGGCGGUCAGCAUGGAGAAUGAGACUAAAGGGGAAGGGGAGAGAGGCAAGUUAUUGGACAGCAGAGUGCCAUGUGCUUUUACAAACUGCAUUGCAAGCAGGAUGCUUACAGUGUGUUUUCCCAGAAAGAAAACCGUAGGAUGUGUUACACACACCUGUAUGCACGCAUACACACACACACACACCAGCAGAUGCAAAGUACACCUGCAUACCCCAUAAAAGUCAUUCCUUAACAGAGAAUGCCUGUUUACUGCUGAAUUCUGCAAAGGAUAACUAACUGGAUGAGUGUCUUCAGAAGUUUUCAGGAAGUGCCUUGUAGAAUGUAAGAAGUCAAAAAAAAAAAAAAGCACCCUUUAUCAAUGACUACCUUUUCUGUCCUGUUUUUGUGUCAGACAGUGCCUGGGCAGGCGAUGCUCCCAGUUGAAUAUAGGGGAGCUCCACCCCAGUUUGCUCAUGCAUUGUAUGCAACAGGAUUGUUUUGCAAAGCAUUCAUUUUCUUUAAGCCUAGUACCAAAGACAAAAUCUAGCCAGCUAACUUUAGCAAGAAAAUAAACACCAGAUAUUUUUAUAUGUAUUUGUAUGUAAUGGACUCUGCUGUAUAUACGUUUCUAUAUGUUUUUAUAUGUGUAAAUUAUGCUCUGGAGUUGUACUUAUUUAUAACAUGUCUGAACUUUGGUUAAAUUUUAUUUUGCCCCUUGAAUUUUUUUUCCAGUAGCGUAUUACAUUUUUUUUCAGACUGAAAAACACUGUUGGGAAUAAAAUAAUCACAGUUAGA